GUCGCGUCGCUGGUUGGUGACGUCACAGCGCGGCGCCGCUACGGGGGCGGCUGAAGGUGACGGUGGUGCCGGUGCCCGCCAUGGCCGCCCGGCAGCUGCUGGGCCUGCGCCGCCUGCCCGGGGCCGCGGCCUCCUUCUCGACAGCACCCAAGAAGACGCAGUUCGGGUCGCUGAAGGAUGAGGACCGCAUCUUCACCAACCUCUAUGGGCGGCACGACUGGAGACUGCAGGGCGCGCUGCGCCGCGGGGACUGGUACAAGACCAAGGAGAUCCUGCUCAAGGGCGUCGAUUGGAUCCUGGCUGAGAUCAAGGCCUCGGGGCUGCGCGGCCGCGGCGGCGCCGGCUUCCCCACGGGCCUCAAGUGGAGCUUCAUGAACAAACCCCCCGAUGGGAGACCCAAGUACCUGGUGGUGAACGCGGACGAGGGGGAGCCCGGCACGUGCAAGGACCGGGAGAUCAUGCGCCACGACCCGCACAAGCUGCUCGAGGGCUGCCUGGUGGCCGGGCGGGCCAUGGGCGCCCGCGCUGCCUACAUCUACAUCCGCGGCGAGUUCUACAACGAGGCCUCCAACCUGCAGGUGGCCCUGAGGGAGGCCUAUGAAGCCGGGCUGCUGGGGGGGGACGCCUGUGGGUCCGGGUACGCCUUUGAUGUCUUCGUGGUGAGGGGCGCUGGAGCCUACAUCUGCGGGGAGGAGACGGCGCUGAUCGAGUCCAUUGAGGGCAAGCAGGGCAAGCCCCGGCUGAAACCACCCUUCCCUGCUGAUGUGGGUGUCUUCGGCUGCCCCACCACGGUGGCCAACGUGGAGACGGUGGCCGUGUCCCCCACCAUCUGCCGCCGCGGCGGGGCCUGGUUCGCCAGCUUCGGCCGGGAGCGCAACUCGGGCACGAAGCUCUUCAACAUCUCCGGCCACGUCAACAGCCCCUGCACGGUGGAGGAGGAGAUGUCGGUGCCGCUGAAGGAGCUCAUUGAGAAGCACGCGGGGGGGGUCCGGGGGGGCUGGGACAACCUCCUGGCCGUCAUCCCGGGGGGCUCGUCCACGCCGCUGCUCCCCAAGUCCGUGUGCGAGACGGUGCUCAUGGACUUCGACGCCCUGGUGCAGGCGCAGAGCGGGCUGGGCACGGCCGCUGUCAUCGUCAUGGAUAAAUCAACCGACGUCGUCAAAGCCAUCGCUCGCCUCAUCGAGUUCUACAAGCACGAGAGCUGCGGGCAGUGCACGCCGUGCCGGGAGGGUGUGGACUGGAUGAACAAGGUGAUGGCUCGCUUCGUGCAGGGCAACGCGCAGGCGGCCGAGAUCGACGCGCUCUGGGAGAUCAGCAAACAGAUCGAGGGCCACACCAUCUGCGCCCUGGGCGACGGCGCCGCCUGGCCGGUGCAGGGCCUCAUCCGCCACUUCCGACCCGAGCUGGAGGAGAGGAUGCGGCGCUAUGGGGAGGCCAAAGCCCGAGCGGCAUCAGCGUAAGGAUGGGGGGGGGGUUCUUCUGCUGCUCCCUGCCUGGG